AAUUAUUUCACUUAUUUUUUAACACAACGCAACACUUUGCGUUUGUUUUGCGUCAUUUUGCUAUCGUUUCGCGUAUCCUUAGCAAUUUUGGAUCUCUUUGUAGUGGUUUUAUGUGUCUUAGUUGUUGUUUGCACUUAAUCCACAUACAUUAUGACAUUUUUUACUGACUUUAUUGACAGUGUUGGCACAAACAUACAACAUGUAAAGACGCAAACAGGUCAGUUGUGUCCCGUUAUGGGUGUAAUGUGCUGCACGAGACUGACCUUUAAGGUUGAAACCAGGUUGAAACAAGGAAUUUCCCUGACAUGCUUUCCUAACUCUUUAACAUCUAACAUCAAAUAAUAUAAAGUAUCAGUAUCGUUUCUUUUACUACUCUCAUCAUGGAACUUGAACGCCACAUCGUUCUACCAGUUAAAUCCCUCCCCGGAUUUGACAACACGCACCUUGACUGCUUGUAAACAGAAGCUCACACGUGACACCCCGAGAGCCGAGCCGAGCCGCGCGACCGCAUUGUCUGUGGAUCGGACAAAGAGCGACAUCAGUCUGCGCGAGCAUCGGGGCAGGUAACCACGCAGACAGGUGUCAUGACAACCGACGUGAAGCCGGUGUCGGUUAAACCGCUGCGUGCGUCCGUUGAACUUCUUCAUGUCUGAAUCCCAAAUCCGACCGUUAGGAGGGACAACGACGGUAGCUGCGUUUUCACCAGCUCGCGCGCAGCUGGCAGCGGGUAAACAAAGCUGGGAAAAGCCUUUGUUUCACCUCCUAAUUCAGCUGGUCGGUUCGUUCGCUUCAUCUGCGCCAAAUCUUACUUUUCUAUCUGGCGUUUAACGUUAGCUGUCCGUAGCUAGCUGUAGCCUUUUAGCCUUCGACAUCAGAAGAGAUUUUUUUUUUUUUUUUUUUUUUUCAGGCCAACGUUAAUCUGCUCGUCUUUUUUUUUUUUUUUUACUGGCUGGAUGAGAUGUCAUUCACGAUGGAGGAUAACUUGGAGUCCGGAUGGGUGUCCGUCCGACCCAGAGUCUUCGACGAAAAAGAGAGGCAUAAAUUCGUCUUCAUCGUGGCCUGGAACGACAUCGAGGGAAAGUUCGCCAUAACCUGCCACAACAGAACCGUACAGAGACGGAGCACGUUUCUGGACCCGCUCCUCGACGGCACUAGCCCCGCUUUUCUCCCUGCCCCCGGUGCCUCCGUGGCAGAAAAACGCACAAAAAGUCCUCUCAAGACGAAGAAAGAUGAAGUCUGCCAAACGGGUAAAGUUAGACCGCACUCUUUUCCCAAAGGAAAACCCGCAACAAAGAUUCAUGUUGGAGGCAAGACGGCUUCAAAAACAUCGGAGUGUAUCAGCCACACAUUAGGGUCCUGGGAUAUUGUGACACCGAAGGUUAUAGAUUUAGAGAUCCUAGAUCUCGUGGAUGCCCCGCUGUCUCCGGAGGAUGCAGACCAAGAGGCCGGGGAGAGCAGCGGGCGUGAGGGCUUCAGCUGGGCCGGGCUGUUCUCCUUCCAGGACCUGAGGGCAGUCCACCUCCAGCUCUGCGCCGUCAACUCGGACCUGGAGCCGUGUUUACCCUCGUUUCCGGAGGAGCAGUCCGGCGUGUGGACGGUGCUUUUUGGCGCCUCCGGGGUGUCGCAGCGGGAGACGGACGCCCUGUGCUACCAGCUGCAGGUGUACCUGGGCCAUGCCCUGGACACCUGCGGCUGGAAGAUCCUCUCACAGGUGCUUUUCUCCGAAGGCGACGACACGGAGGAGUACUACGAGAGCCUGAGCGAGCUGAGGCAGAAAGGCUAUGAGGAUGCUCUGGAGAGGGCCAAACGAUCCAUGCAAGAGGUUUUGGACAAACACAAAGCCAUGGACAGCAUGGUGGAGCUGCUGCAGGUGUACCCCGAGGAGGACGAGGCGUAUGGAGAGCUGCUGGAGGCAACAACGCAGCUCUACCACUAUCUGCUGCAGCCUUUCAGGGACAUGAGGGAACUGGCAAUGUUACGCAGACAGCAGAUUAAGAUCUCACUCGAGACGGAGCGCCUGGGUCCUCGUCGUGUGGAGGGCCUGAGGAAAGAGGAUGAGGAGUGGCAGAAGAAAGCUCACGCCGCCGUCCUUUCCAUACAGGACCUGACUGUCAAGUUCUUUGAAACCACGACUCGGGCACAGAAAGCUUUGUAUGAGCGUAUGCGUGCUGACCAGAGGAAGUUUGGGAAGUCAGCGUGGGCGGCCGCAGUUGAACGCAUGGAGCGGCUUCAGUACGCCUUUUCCAAAGAAACUCUGCAGCUGAUGAGGGCCAAGGAAAUCUGCCUGGAGCAGAGGAAACAUGGCUUGAAGGAGGAGAUGCAGAGUCUGCAAGGUGGGGAGGAUGCCAUGCUGCGUCUGGACCAGCUGGAGGCGCUGUACUACGAGUUGCAGCUGCAGUUGUAUGAUAUUCAGGCGGAGGUGCUGCGCUGUGAAGAGCUGCUGCUCACUGCCCAGCUGCAGAGUCUGCGGAGGCAAAUGACAGAGCGACAGGAUGAGGUCGUGUACUACGAUGCCUUUGAAAGCCCUGACGCCAUGAAGGGCGACGAAGAUCCUGCAACCACGCCGUCCCCCCUCAGAGAUGAAGAACUCGGCAUCCUACAGCAGAGGACGCGGCAGCUCGAGGCCCGCAGGGGGCGCAUCACUGCCAAGAAAGUCUACCUCAAAAACAAGAAGGAAAUCUGUAUUGUCAAUCACAACCAGAAGAUACAACAGCGACCAGGUAGCCAUGCUGACAGUGACUUCCCACGGUCACUGCAGGGAGGAGACGCUGAGGAAGAUGAAGCCAGGAGCAAUGCCAGAGUGAGUCAGGAGAGGCAGAGGACUCUGGACAGACUCCGCAGCCUCAGACAGCGUUAUCCAGGCCAGAUGACUGUGAAGUCCAGCCGGAUGCGUCUGAGCCAGUCUCAUGUCCGGAGGAGAGCCGGUCAGCAGCCCAACACCCAGGCGGCCGGCGUUCAGACUGACUGCAUCUCAGAUCUCCCAGAACUCUCUGCUCCUCCUCCGCCGGACGCUUGCGGCUGUGACAGCGUCUCUUUACCUACUGUUGAACUCCAAAGUCUCGACUCUUCACCUCCCUUUCUCUCACUGCCUCCCCUCCCAGCCUCCCCAUCUAUUCUAUCACUGGGUCCUCCCCCUCCUCCUCCUCCCCCGCCACCUCCCCCGCCUCCUCCGCCACCAUCAGACGACCAGCAGCAGGUUGACGGGAGGGAGAGGAAUCCCACAGACAGUCCAGUGCGGCACCACACGUGCGAGUCUGAAUCUCCCUCCCUACCCCUGGCUCCAUUUUCCCCUCGUUUCUUUGACAGCAGUGAGCUGCUGACAGCGAGGACGAAGCUGAGGAAGACUGCCUCGCUGGACUCGUCGCAGUGGAGGAGAGCGAGCUCCCCCAUGGACGAGGUGCUGGCUUCCUUAAAACGGGGCAGUUUCCACCUGAGGAAGGCCGAGCUGCGGGUCCUGGGCCCCGACCCGGACGACGACAGCAACAACAUCCUGGCUCAGAUCAGGCAGGGCGUCAGGCUGAAGAAGGUCCGGACCCGGCCGGAGCAGCCGCGACACCCCAAGAGCUUCACCCACUCGGCCGACGCUCUGACCCGCAGCAUCCACGAGGCCCUGAGAAGAAUCAAAGAGGCCUCGCCGGAGUCAGAGUCCGAGGACGAAGGCCUCCCGUGCACUGACUGGGAAAACUAGUUAUGCUUACUGGAGGAAUAUUUUUUAAUGUUUUAUGGAUACGUGGAGCCAAAAGAAAACAGUGGCUCGAAUCAAGCAGACGAGCUGGAGACACCUUUGAACAAAAAAACUUGAUUUUUUUAAAAUCAGAAACUACUCAGAAGUAUUUUUUGUCAUUCUUCUGUAUGUUGUUUGUAAAGAUGGACCACUAAUCUUUUUUUUUUUAAUGUUCUUGUUGUUGUUGCUGUGGCAUUCUUGGCGAGGAUACAACCUCUAACCUCUCAUUAUGUCGGUCUACAUGUCAGAGUCGUACUGUAGCUUGCUGUGAUGGGUUUGUUUUAGGAAGUGAGUAUUUUUGUCACAGACUCAGCUCUUCACUGAACACACGUGCUGCACACUCAUACAUUCAGCUGUGUGACAACCAUUUGUACUGUAGAUUUUAUGUGAGCAGGAUUUUCUCACUUCCUUACAGGAGAAGUUUGACAUUGUGGGAAAUCCAGCUGCUGACUGUAGCUUUGUAUUAAGCAAACACAAAUGAGAGUGGAAACGAUCUUCUCGUCUCAUCGCAUCUCGGCAAAACAGUAAAUACUGUAGUGCAUUUCCCAAUUUGUCAAAAUAUUACUUUAAAAGGAUAAUUUCAGUAUUUUUAAACUCGAAAAAAUGACGAGUAGGUACAAAAAGGUUUGGAAUCCGUGGAUUGGAUCUGUGUGAGUUUUCCUCAGGGGCAAUGCCCGCCAGAACACGUCCACAGAAAGUGCAAAAAGUUGAAGUCUCGCUCAAGGAUAAUUCUCACUCUGAAAUAUCGUGAGAGGCGGGUUGUUGCAGGAAGACGACCGUGGAAACGAGAGUCAGAGUUGGAGAGAGGAGUUUAUCUUGGAGUAACGUUAGGAAAAUAAAAGUGUUACUAUCAGCUCCUCUAUGUACACAUCAAACGCCUCUCCCUCGUUUCCACCGGCGGCAUCCUGCAGCAACUCUCCUCCCACGAGAUUUCAGAGCGAGACUUCAGUUUCCUGUUAAAAAAGACCACCGGGAGUCACUCGUGGGGAUCCUGUCUCUGAUGUUGUCAGACACCUGGUGUAACAGUCUGAGCCUGUUGGUGGCAAAAAGAAGCACCUUUUUUGGACGUAUUUUUGAGAAGCGCAAUUUCCCUGAAGAAAAGCGUUUCAGCUGCUGCAGCCACAAACCGGUUGCAACUACAGCACAGAUUCCAAAUUUUUUGUAACUACAAGUCACUUCAACAUCAAAAUGUGUGAAAAUAUGGUUUUCCCAGUUUAAAAGCACCACAAUUAUCCUUUUAAUUAGUAAAACUGGGUCAUUUUCAUCAUCCUGGUGGGAAGAAUGCCAAAAACUGCCGUUGAUUUGUGGAUUCAGCAAAUCACCAAUGCCUGUUUUUUUUUUUUCUUUUUGUAGCGUUUUCACUUUUUCAUAUAAGUCAUAAAUAUACACGAAUAUAAAUAUAUAGGGUGAAAUAUGAUGCAACAAGAGGAAGGGAUUAUGGAGGAAGGAUAUCAAACUCACAUUCAAUCUCUAUCAGAGACUGAGGUUUUCAAACUGCGAGGUGAAAGAGACAGGUGCAUGCUGGGACUUAUAAAGGCAGUUUAGCGCCCGAUUGCUGGGAAUAAACAACCAUAAAUGUGCUUAGAAAUCUUAGGAGAAAAAAAAUACGCUUGUAACUGCAGAACUUGCCUAAGAAACAUCACGUUUAUAAGUUUUCUUCAGCAUCAAAGUAGUCUUGUGAUAGUUGUCUGAACAUCUACGGGUACAAUGCAAACGGGAAAAGCUAACAGCUAAUUUGGCAUAAUUAUAAUGGUGCCAAAAUGAAUUUUGUAACAAAUAUAUGCUAAAAAUCCACAGCUCACUAUCUCCGUGACAUUAUACUUCAUGUGUACAUCUCCCCAAGGCAUUAUGGGAAAGUGUAAUUCCAGCAGGAGAGACCAAAUCUAUUAAUACAAACAGACCUGCAGUAUGUAAGAGAGCGAGAGAGAUUUCUGUUAGUAUAUGAUUCAAAUAAACUGUUUACCUGCAGUCCCACACAGGAUCAGACGGAGGCCCAGCUGGGUUAUUAGCUGUUUAUUCGCUGAGAUGGCGUCCCUGUGAGCUUUUAAAGGUUUAAACGGAUGCUGCCGCUGACAGAAGUGGUGUUUAGUGUUUUGAAACGACACUGGAAAUAUUAACACACAAAACAGCUGCAGUUUUUCAGAUCUUUAUUCAUAACAAACCAUCUGCUGACUUGUGCAUCCUCUACUUCUCUUCUAAGGAUGUCAUUUUUAAACCGGGUCAGUAUUUUGAAAAAGAAAAACAAAUACUGUAUAUACACAUAUAAAUGAUUACUUGAAUCAAGCUUCUGUCAUUAUUUUUUUGUGAUCGGCUGAUUGUGCUGUCACUCUGAGAAGGAAAGAAAGAUGGACGAUUAAUGAGUUUCAUCAUGACACAUUACCAUUAAAUUACUCUUUAACAGGCGACAAUAUUUAAAACCAGCAAGGAUGUGACGACAGAGGGUGAAAAUCUAUUUUAAUGAGCUUAAAAUACUAUAAUCAGAGCUGGAAACUAUUUUAAUAAUCGAUUAAAUCAUAAAACAAAAAAUUUUAAAGCAAAAACUCUCUGGUUUUAGCUGCUCCAAUGUGACGAGUUGCUGCUUUUCUCUGUUUUAAGUCACUGUAAACUGAAUAUCUUUGGGUUUUGGACAAAACAAGAUGUUUGAAGUUUGGGCGUUUUACAGACCAACUGAACGUAUUAAUUGAGAAAAUAACCUGCAGAUUAACUGCUAAUACAAAUGGUUAAUUUCGAGUAAAAUACUGAGUAAAUGUUUAAGAUGACUCCCCCUCAUAUUUAAAAUGCUUUAAACAUGCUGUAUAACAAAUAUUUAGAUACAUGAUGCAGCAUUUUGAAGCCUGUUUGAUUUGUUCAGCUGGUAACUGACAGACCUAACAAGAUUUGGAAUAUGUGAUGUUUAUAUUUAUCUUAUUUUAUUCCCCGAGAGACUCUUUCCGCUGCCUUUUUUUUUUUUUUUUUUCCCCAAAGAUUUGUUUUCCGAGCUUAUUUACUUACUGGAGUUGUUGUUGUUUGAGUUUGGUGUGUGUGUGAUUUUAAACUGUUCUCUUAUUAUGUGUUAACUGUGUCAAACCUGUCUUUAACUGUAAAAAUACGUUCCUGUAUUUAACGAGUCCAAAGUACCAUGAGUUUUACAAGGACAUUAAUAUGAAGCUUCAGCCAGCCCACGCUUAGCUUAGCUUAGCAUAAAGACUGGAAACGGGGGGAAACAGCUAGCCUGACCUACCAGCACCUCUAAAGCUCACUGAUUAACACACAUGUCAUUGCAGGACUAUUAGCAGGUUAAAGCCUCUUUUCCCUUCAUACAGAGGGUAAAGUUUGGGAUUAUGGCAGAAAUAUCUGUGUAGCAAUUGUUCAGCUGUCUGGGCUGCAGCUUUACCGUUUUGGUUAGUAGUCGAUUAAUUAAUUGACAACUAUUUUAAUAAUUGAUUAAUCAGCUGGCAGACACAGUUGGCGUCUAGCUGGGGCAGUAAUGAGCUCGUCAGAGUUUGUUGCACCGAACGAAAACUUACUGAUUAAACAAACGACAUAUAACUUGUUAAUAAGUGAGCUUUAAAGGAGCCGGUAGGCGGAUUUAUUUACCUUUGGACAGAUUCUGGCUAAAAAUCCUAGUCUUUAUGCUAAGCUAACCAGCAGCUAGCUGUAGCUUCAUAUUUGAGAGUGGCAUCAAUGUCAAAUGUCACUCUUCCUGAAUCGUGGAGUUUACAGCUGCCAUUCAGACAGACAUGUGUAAGAGCAAAGCAGAUAUUUGCUCAGUGACAAACUCCCUCUUGCUCUCUGUCCCGUCUUGUAUUUGGGCUCAUGAUACCAUCGUGCUUUCUUUUUCCUUUUUUAGUUAAAAUGUGUAGAAUCCAAACUGUGGAUUUUCUUUCCCGCCCUGAACGUGACACGAGUUUGACCUUUUAACCUUUACGACCUUAUGCAUGUGACCGGUUUCAGGACGAACCCAUCACAACGUAAGUGCAAUAAUUGAGAUGAAAAAGUCAUUUUAUGAAUUAAUACUGUAAUGAAAUGUAAAUCAUGAAAAAUAUAUAUCUGCAUGCCUAAAUGUAUUGAAGUAUUUAUUGAAACUUCAUAUUUUAAAUGAUUUUACAUACAAAUGUAAAUGUACUUUAUAAGGUUUUCUUUUUUGUUGCUUAUUUUGUUUCCUAUCAUGACAUUCCUCUCUGCUUUCUAUAAAAUAAAAUAAAGCACCAACAUGUCUUUUAAUGCU